GCCCGCCCCUUGACUUGUCCAGUACUGCACCUGAACAUCAGACAGACUCUUCUCUCUCUCUCUGCUUCACAAUAACAGACAGUGGUGGACGUUUUCCAGGGGCACCAUGAAACUGUCGGUCGCUUUUCGUCAUGCUCACCGGAGCCACUCGAACAUUCGACGAUCAAGAACCAACGGUAUUACGGUUUUAAACCCGGAGAACAGAUUCAUAGCUGAUAGUAGUACGGUUUCUCAUCCACGCGCUCGGAAAGUAAGUUCAAGCAGCGGUAGCGGCUCGAGCGAAACGGUCGCGAGCUUUAAAAGCCAUACAAGGAAAAGAGAUGGACCCAUCUAUGAAGGUGCCAUUAGUGACAUCAUUCGGAGAAGCAGGGAGGAGCUCAGAGCUAUUGGAGAAAUCCACCCAGGCCUUAAACCUACACUGGCCAUUAUACAGGCUGGUGAGGAUGACAGUUUGCUGGAGAUUAACAAAAAGAUGGCUGGAAAGAUUGGCUUAAACGUGAUGCAAAUUUGUCUACCACGCCAGUGCACGGAGGAUGAGGUGAUAGAAGAGAUCUUGAAGUUGAAUGAAGAUUCUCGUGUUCAUGGUGUUUUCUUGCACCUGCCUCACUCCUUCCUGUCCAGUGCUGUUCGUAAUGCCACCAAACCACAGAAGGAUGUGGAUGGAGUUUGUGAUCUGAAUAUAGGUCGUGUGGUGUUGGGGGAUCAGAGAGAAGGCUUUACAUCACCUGUAGCUGAAGCUGUGCUGGAGCUGCUCAACAGGCAAGAUGCCCCCCUGGUUGGCAAGAUGGCACUGCUGGCGGGUGUGGAAGGACACCUGAAAGUGGCUCUUCAGUGUUUGAUGCAAAACAAUGGCAUGAUGGUGCAGACCUGCUCAGAGACGCUACAAAAACAGGUCAUGGAGUCAGAUGUUGUGGUUAUGUUGGAGACGGGGCUUAAGUGUCUCCCACCCACCUGGUUGAGGCUAGGGGUGGCAGUCAUCAACCUCGGCUUUGCUCUGGUCAGAGAACACUCUGACAGCUGGGAUGACGGGGUUGAGACUGAUGCUUCUGUCGGGUCUCUAAGUGCUGCUCUUAGAAUGCAGCAUGUGGUAAUGAGCAGCAGGAGGUGGAUGCAAGCACAACAGUACCAACCGUGGAGGCUCCGACCACUAAAACUUCAACCACUGUCACCUGUGCCCAGUGAUAUCGAGAUCUCCAGAUCACAGACCCCCAAGCCCAUAGCUCUGCUGGCUGAGGAGAUCGGGCUGCUUCCAGAAGAGCUGGAGGCCUAUGGUACCACCAAAGCCAAGGUCCACCUGUCCCUCCUCGACCGUCUCCAGCAUCAGCCUGAUGGCAAAUACGUCUUGGUUGCAGGUAUUACUCCCACUCCUCUGGGUGAGGGCAAGAGUACAGUGACCAUCGGUCUGGUCCAGGCCCUCUCGGCUCAUCUCAAGCUGAACGCCUUCGCUUGUCUGCGACAGCCUUCCCAGGGCCCGACCUUUGGAGUCAAAGGAGGAGCAGCGGGUGGGGGAUAUGCACAGGUCAUUCCUAUGGAGGAGUUUAAUCUUCACCUCACAGGUGACAUUCACGCUAUAACCGCAGCCAAUAAUCUGGUGGCAGCAGCUAUUGAUGCCCGCAUUCUUCAAGAAGCCACUCAGUCGGACAAGGCCUUGUACAACAGACUAGUGCCAUCUGUUAAUGGUGUGAGACGCUUUUCUCCCAUACAACUGUCUCGUCUACAGCGUCUCGGAAUAAACAAAUCUGACCCUGAUACCCUGACUCCACAAGAGGUCAACUCAUUUGUCCGUCUUGACCUUGACCCUGAAAAGGUCACAUGGCAGCGAGUUGUUGAUACCAAUGACCGAUUUCUGCGAAAGAUCACUGUUGGCCAAGCCAACACUGAAAAAGGCCAUGCCCGCCAGACCCAGUUUGAUAUAGCUGUGGCCAGUGAGAUCAUGGCCAUUCUCGCUCUGACCGAUGGACUGGCUGACAUGAGGGCCAGAUUGGGACGUAUGGUCAUAGGGAGCAGCAGAAACGGCCAGCCGAUCACCGCAGAUGACCUGGGUGUGACCGGUGCUUUAGCAGUCCUCAUGAAAGACGCCAUCAAACCCACGCUGAUGCAGACAGUGGAGGGCACCCCGGUGUUCGUGCAUGCUGGACCUUUCGCUAACAUCGCCCAUGGAAACUCCUCCGUCCUGGCAGACAAGCUGGCCCUCAAACUAGUAGGAAAAGAAGGCUACGUUGUGACGGAGGCUGGCUUUGGUGCUGAUAUCGGCAUGGAGAAGUUCUUUAACAUCAAGUGCCGGACAUCUGGACUGAGGCCUGAUGUUGUGGUGCUGGUAGCCACUGUCAGGGCUCUGAAGAUGCAUGGAGGUGGACCAAAUGUUACAGCUGGUGUACCGCUGCCUAAAGAAUAUGUUGACGAGAAUCUGCAGCUGGUUGCGGAGGGCUGCAGUAACCUGAAGAAACAGAUUCAGAACGCUCAUCUCUUUGGGAUUCCUGUGGUUGUCGCUCUGAAUGUAUUUAACACUGACACUCAAGCAGAGAUUGACCUGGUGUGUCGCAUCGCAGAGGAUUCUGGGGCCUCAGCUGCUGUGCCGUGUAAUCAUUGGUCAAGAGGUGGGCGGGGCUCUGUAGAGUUGGCACAUGCCGUAAAAGAAGCUGGGUCUCGAGAGAGCCAUUUCAGAUUCCUCUAUAGUCUGCAGGAUCCUAUUGUGGAGAAGAUUCGGACAAUUGCACAGAAGAUUUAUGGUGCUGCUGACAUUGAGUUGUCACCUGAGGCUCAAACUAAAAUAGACUACUACAGUCAACAGGGUUUUGGUGCUCUACCUAUCUGCAUGGCCAAGACCCACCUGUCUCUUUCUCACAUGCCGGAGAAAAAGGGUGCACCCACCGGUUUUGUCCUGCCAAUCAGAGAUGUGCGUGCCAGCAUCGGGGCAGGGUUUAUCUACCCUUUAGUUGGAACUAUGAGCACCAUGCCAGGAUUACCUACACGACCUUGUUUCUAUGACAUUGACCUUGAUCCUGUUACAGAGGAGAUUAAAGGACUCUUCUGAACGUGCUUGUGUAGCCCUUGAAUGAUGUUCACACACAUCUCAUCCACAGCCCUGUGCCAACAUACCAAUGAGAAUUUUACAUUUUUAAACGUUUCUUAUUUUAUAAUGGCAAUAUUUGUUGUCCUGUUUUUAUGUUCUUUUAGGAAUUUUACAUUUAUCAGUAAAUGUCUUGAUUUUUUUCGUCCAGUUACAUACUUUCAGUGUUUACAAUUCAAUGACGCACAAAAGCUUCCAAGCGCAUUCCAUGUGGCUUGAUACAUUAUUAAUGCUUUAAUAUUUGUGGCUUUAAUGUUUUAAAUUACCUGAGGUAUGUCAACAGUAUUCAAGAGAAUACCUUUAUUUGCUUUAUAUUUGCAUACUGUUAACAUUCUCUUUAAUUUGUACUGUAUUUAACUUCAAUUUCAAAUAUUUGUUACAGCCAAUUACGACUGGAAUCCGAUGUUUAAGGUGCUUUUAUUUGAACACUAAACCCAAAACAAAAUUCCAGA